GCAGUUAACGUGAAAUGGGGAAAAGAGAAAUUCGAUGGUGUGGAGCUUAACACUGAUGAACCUCCAAUGGUCUUCAAAGCCCAGUUGUUUGCACUGACUGGAGUUCAACCAGCUAGACAGAAGGUUAUGGUUAAAGGAGGAACUCUGAAGGAUGAUGACUGGGGGAACCUAAAAAUAAAGAAUGGGAUGACCUUAUUAAUGAUGGGUUCUGCAGAUGCGCUUCCGGAAGAGCCAAUUGCUCGACCCAUCUUUGUAGAAGACAUGACAGAGGAGCAGUUGGCUUCAGCUAUGGAGUUACCAUGUGGAUUGACAAACCUUGGCAACACUUGCUACAUGAACGCUACGGUUCAGUGUAUCCGCUCAGUGCCAGAAGUGAAAGAGGCCCUUAAAAGGUAUGGUGGUGCCUUAAGAGCUUCAGGAGAAAUGGCCUCUGCUCAAUACAUUACUGCAGCUCUUAGAGACUUGUUUGAUUCCAUGGAUAAAACUUCCUCCAGUAUUCCACCUAUCAUUCUCCUGCAGUUUUUACAUAUGGCCUUCCCACAGUUUGCAGAGAAGGGCGAUCAAGGCCAGUACCUUCAACAGGAUGCCAAUGAGUGCUGGGUGCAGAUGAUGAGGGUACUACAGCAGAAGCUGGAAGGCAUAGAAGGUGAUACAGUUAUGGAGACAGACUCUGGAGCUACAGCAGCAGCUUCUAAAAAGAAGAGUUUAAUUGAUCAGUUCUUCAGCAUUGAAUUUGAAACAGCCAUGAAAUGUACAGAAGCUGAAGAAGAGGAAGUAACUAAAGGAAAGGAGAAUCUGCUUCAGCUUAGCUGCUUUAUCAAUCAAGAAGUGAAGUAUCUGUUUACAGGACUAAAAUUGCGUCUUCAAGAGGAAAUCACCAAACUCUCUCCAACACUGCAGAGAAAUGCACUCUAUAUCAAAUCUUCUAAAAUCAGUCGCUUGCCAGCGUACCUGACUAUUCAGAUGGUUAGAUUUUUUUACAAAGAGAAAGAAUCUGUGAAUGCCAAAGUUCUUAAGGAUGUUAAAUUUCCUCUUAUGUUGGAUGUGUAUGAGCUAUGUACGCCAGACCUUCAGGAAAAAAUGGUUUCUUAUCGAUCAAAAUUCAAAGAUCUAGAAGACAAAAAAGUAAAUCAACAGCCAAAGAAUUCUAGUAAGAGUGAUGGUGCACAGAAGGAAGUUAAAUACGAACCAUUUUCUUUUCCUGAUGAUACUGGUUCUAAUAAUUGCGGCUAUUAUGACCUGCAGGCAGUGCUAACACAUCAAGGCAGAUCAAGUUCCUCUGGGCAUUAUGUGUCUUGGGUUAAAAGGAAACAAGAUGAAUGGAUUAAAUUUGAUGAUGACAAAGUCAGCAUUGUUACACCGGAAGAUAUUUUGAGGUUAUCUGGGGGUGGAGACUGGCAUAUAGCUUAUGUUCUACUCUACGGGCCUCGCAGAAUUGAAGUAAUUGAAGACGAAGCUGAACAGUAGUCUUCAGUUUUAGUCAUUCUGCCUAGGUGUGAAAUAAAUGUUGAUUACUGAUCACUUCUUUAACCCCAGAGCUUUAGCCAGUGGAUAAAUAAUCUGUUCAAACCUUCUCAUCUGAAGAGGGGUAUUGUUUCAAAACUGAUCCGUGUACCAGUUGUCACUACUGGACUGGACUGCCCACUGUGGUGGUGACAAUACUUAAAAUAGCUUUAAUGUCUUGCAGAAGAUAAUUUUUUUUUUAAAUAAGCCUGUUCCCCCUCCCCCAGUGUCAUCAAGUAUUUAUUACACACCUAUUCUCACAUUUGUUACUCUUGCAUGGUUUAUACCACAGUUCAAUAGCUGUCCAUCCUUUGCCUUCCCUGGCAGUUUUGUUAGGAAGGUAGAAGAGAAACUGUUGCCUUGUUGCGUAACUCAGUGCUGCUGCCCAUAGCCAACAGCCGUGGCUACAAUCAAGUAUUUGUCCAGCCUGACCUGCUGACUCAGUCUGUUCUGUUGCUGGCAUCUCAUGACUUCAGAAUAAAUUGUGAUCAAC